AGAGAGAGAGAGAGAGAGGAUGAGCUACCUACUGAGAACGCUAACGAAGAAGCAAGAAGUGGACUCUAUAAUACGAGACACCAUUGACAAAGUCCUCGUCCUUCGCUUUGGCCGAGCAUCCGACUCCGUCUGCCUCCAACUCGAUGACAUUCUUUCGAAAUCCUCGAGGGAGGUGUCCAAGUUUGCAACAGUGGCAUUGGUAGAUAUUGAUUCCGAGGACGUUCAAGUCUAUGUCAAGUAUUUUGACAUCACAUUGAUCCCAUCCACGAUUUUUUUCUUCAAUGCUCACCACAUGAAGAUGGAUUCAGGGAGCUCAGAUCACACUAAGUGGGUUGGUGCAUUUCACAGAAAACAGGACUUCGUUGAUGUUGUAGAGGCAAUAUUCCGAGGGGCCAUGAAAGGCAAGCUUAUAGUGAGUUGUCCCUUGCCCCCAGAGCGAAUUCCAAAGUUCCAGUUGUUAUAUAGAGAUGUGUAAAUGGUGAAUCUUUGCCUCUGUACUCCCGAUGAUGUGCAAAGGAUAGGAUAUGGGUUACUACAAUUGCUGCUUCAAUAUGUGUGUAGAAUUUGUGCUUUCUGUGUGCGGAAGUGAUCAAGGCGAACUUAAUUUGUGGAAAUGCAUUGUAUUUGAGUCUGCCGCUUGCAUGGUCAGUGCCUUGACUUCUAAUUUGGCGUUGAAGAUUGAUGGGGUAAAAGUCUUUUUUUUUUUUUUUUUGGGGGGGGG